CAAAGAAACUCGUUCAACUUGUUGUUGACUUAAGACGUGCGCCGGCAGCCAACUGUAAUUGUUAAUUUUGUUUGUGAAUUGUUGUUAGAAAAUAAUAGAAGUCUUCGCGAUAUUAAUUAUCAGCAUGAAAGUGAUUCAGUUUGUCUUCGUUUUGUGUUGUCUUUGUGUGUGCGCAACUUUUGGUGCUCCAAGAUUGCAACAGCCAACGAAGUGGCAACCCGUUGCUGUUACAACUGUCGCACCAGCAGUAAAGAAUUUCGCAAGAACAGCAAAGAGAAGUCCCCAAACAGAUUCACAGUUCAAUGAAACGAAUUUCGCUUUUCCGCUUUUGCCGAAUAACACCGAUGUUGUGCAUGAAUCGGAAAGUGAGCAUAGCGGAAAAAUUUACGAUCAUAAGCAUCGAAUGUUGCUGGCGGUGCAGUCGGAUGUGAAAGUGCGUGAUGGAGUUAAACAGCAAGAAAAAUCGAAAAUUUCCGCCACAAGAAACGAUGAUCCGGAAGCGCGAAAACGUUUUAAGGAGGGAUUAAAAGACCUUUUAUCGAAGCUCCACCCAACGCUACCGGUCUCUGCCUCCGGUAUAGAGUCUGAGUCCGGAUUAGAUCGAACCAAUGAAAACGUUAAUGGCGGACUAAAAACUCAGCAGUCUAAAAAUCGUCAACGUUCUUCAGCAAGUCUCAAGACACUUGAUUGUGAAGACAUUCCACACAGUGAAGCGUUAUUGAAUUCGGCAAUUUUGAAGGAAUUGGCAGACGCACAAAGUCUAACAAAACCUGAUGUCAUGUCAGCUGUCAGUAUUGAAGGUUUAUCAGAUUUGAGGAGAAAAUUGCUGAAGUCACGCCGUAAUCGAAUGAAAAUGCUGCCGCCCUUUCGCAGAUAUCCUCAUUUCUCUUGGCCACCGCAUUCGCCUGCUUAUAACAGUUUCAACUUGCAACAUCCUUAUAACUGUGAUUGUAAUUAUUUCAUAAAUCCUGUAAAUGAUAUUGGUGUACCAACUAUCGAAUACAUAUGGGAAGAUUAUGAUGAUAUCGGUGAAAAUGGCGCUGAUGUUGUAGAAGCGGUUAAGAAAGUGGUGAAAUGAAGAGGGUUGAAAAAAAUUAUACUGGAUUAUAUAAAUUAUAAAGUAAUUAUCGAAUUAUUCAUAAAAAAUUAAGAAAUAGUUUAAAUAAGCAAUGC